GACUCCCCCUUCAAACCCUGCUCCUUCGGUUCCAAUAUUUCUUUCCGUUUCUGACACAGAGAUAGAAAGAGAGAACCAAAGAGAUGGCCUUGUUCUCCACUCAAAAUCCGUGGGCUUUUACGUUUGGCAUUCUAGGUAACAUUGUCUCCUUCGUGGUUUUUCUGGCUCCGGUACCAACGUUUUUUAGGGUUUAUAAGAAGAAAUCAACGGACGGGUUCCAAUCAGUUCCAUACGUGGUUGCACUUUUCAGUUCGAUGCUCUGGAUUUACUACGCAACACUUAAGCCUGAUGAAAUCCUUCUUACUACUAUCAACGCAGUCGGCUGUGUUGUGGAGACCAUUUACGUCGCAGUGUAUAUUGUUUAUGCACCAAAGCAAGCUAGGAUCUUCACGUUGAGGCUUCUUCUUCUGAUGAAUUUCGGGGGGUUUUGCUUGAUUCUUCUUCUCUCCCAACUCUUAGCGAAAGGGCCAAACCGUGUACGAGUUCUCGGAUGGGUUUGUGUAGCUUUUUCUGUGAGUGUUUUUGCGGCUCCUUUAAGCAUUAUGAGAGUGGUCAUACGCACCAAGAGCGUCGAAUUCAUGCCGUUUUCCUUGUCACUUUUUCUCACAAUCAGUGCUGUUAUGUGGCUCUUAUAUGGCAUUCUUUCGAGGGAUUUGUAUGUUGCGCUCCCAAACAUACUGGGUUUCGUCUUUGGGGUGCUUCAGAUGGUACUUUACGUAAUCUACAAGAAUUACAAGACAGACAUAGAUGAUCAUAAGCUACCAGAAACCAAAGCUGAUGUUGUAAACUUGAGCACAACUGUGACAUCCGAGGUACAAGUGUGCUCCCAGCCCAACCCUGUUGAAAACGGGUAGUAUGAUCGACAAUCAAAAUAUAUGGGCAUGAACAAACAUAUCACAGAUGUUAAAGGCAUGAUGCAUGGAAGCCUAACUCCUCUCCUUACUCGUUUCAUGUACUCGUAUGUCCCCCACCUCUCUCUAGAUCUAUCUAUCUAUGGCGCCUGUACCAGAGAGCUAGGAUGAUGCAUGUACAUCUAUGUCUCUGAUCAUGUUUAAUUAAUUUUCAGCUGUUUGUUUGCGUGUAAGCCCAGUGCACGUACGGUGACUUAUUUCAUGGAAAUAGUUUGCUAUCUUGAUGCU